AUGCAAACGUCCCCCUACUCCCUCUACGACAAAAACUACAAAUCGAACCUCGAACACAUCAACAGCGCCUGCAACCUCACCCUUCCAACAGCCAUCCCGAACCUCAUACUCUCCGAAACCCCACACAUAGAGCGGGACCCGUACUGCGCGACCCUUCUUUCAUACACCACUACAGCGGGGGACACAUACAACAGCAUCGCAGCGCAGUUCAAGGUGUCCUCGGCAGCUGUUCGAGCGGUGAACUGGCCGACUAUCGACUGUUUCGCUAUUCCCGAGUGUACGAGACUUUGUAUCCCGUUUGGGUGUGAGACUUAUACCCUGAAGGAUAGGGAUACGUGCGACUCAAUCGAGCAGGAGUUGGAGCUGAAACCGUGGCUGCGACUCUCGGCAAUUCAAGAGUAUAACCCUUAG